AAUGAACAACCGGGGCACAUUACUGUUAAUAGCCAUAAUUAUGUUUAAUGAUUUGGUAUAAAUUUGUUAUGUAAAAUACUCGAAAAUGCUUUUUUGUAUAUCAAUAUUCUAUACAGUGAUUUAAACUGAUAUAAACACAUAAUAUAUAAAUUCAAAGCGAUGUGAAUCAUAACUUAAAGUAAUUCACAUUUCUGAUUUUUUUUUACAAAUUUGACUAUUUAAUAUUUUGAAUUAUACGAAAGAGAACGAUAAAUUCAUAUUGAUAACAGAAAAGAUUAAUUUAUAGUUUUAAUGAAAAUAACAUUAAACUGUGACACUGAGUGUAGAAAAAUAAUUAAGUAACAUAAAAUACGGACUACUUUCUGUCCAUUCAAGCGUCGAGUCAGUUAUUCAUGCGCGAUAAAUAAGGGCGGGAUUUAAAGGUGCGAAUGCUAUCGGGCAAUGAAAAAAAAAGAAGACUUUUCGAAAUGUUUCAAUGCGCGUAAGUUUAGUUAUCUAGUCUUUAGAUUUGAACAAGCGAAAACACCGCUUACUGAUGAAUACAUUUAUAACGAUAAGGCAGUGAACAUUUAUUUUCAUAAUUUUGAUGUUUAAAGAUAACUACUUUAGAAAAUGAAAUGUUAUUAAGUUUUGGCUCUAUUUACAAGGGAGAAAAUUAAUUGGAUUAGAUGAAGACAUGUACAUUUCACUCAACAGUGUUCGGAUAUUCUAGACUAUUGGAAUUACGUUGGGAAAGGCUCAAGUGUUCGUGUGUAAAUAUAAAUUGAGUGUUUUAUGAAUGAUAUAAGAAAAUAAUUAACUUUUCGUAAAAAUUGUGAUUAAAUUACAUAUCAAGGUAUCUAUGGGAUAAGUUAAGAGGAAAAAAGAGGGGAACAACACUUCAAAGGGACCGCAUUUGUAAUUUAUUGGAAUAUACUAAUAUUGCGGUGAAGAUGAUUUUACUUUAAUGACAGUCUUAAUUUCAAGAAAAAAUAUCUCAGCAUCAUUAUAAUAAUAAUUGUUGAUCUAUUCCGAGAUUUACAUGCACGUGAAAAUCGUGCAAAAAACCCAUUCACAAGAUGAUGGUAUAACAAAAAAUUGGAUAUAAAUCCCUGCAAUGUGUUAUUCUACUUAAAAAUCAAAAUUAGUACGACACUUAAAGUUGCUCAUUGGCUUAACGCUGAAAUAAAAUGGCCUGAGUCACGAUAAAAAGGGGGUUACAGUUAAAUACUAAAAAUCGGCGUGGUGUUGAUGAAAAUGAUCACAGUGAUGAGUCUAUCUCCCGUGGAUUUAGGAUUAAUAUAAAUGUGAAAAUGUGAUAAAUAAAAAGAGUGAUAUUUUUUUUCUCUGUAGAGUGUUUUACAGUUUGAUACUUGUGUCAUAAUGCAUGUACUAAAGAUAGUGCCGGGCAACUUGACAAAGUUUUGUCUGGGCAUACUCAUUGUGUUUUGGUGUACAUUUGGGGCUACAGGGAUAAGAUGGCUAGCACUUGCUAAAAUGAGUAGUAUAGCGGCUAUCGAAGUUCCUGGAAUGUGCGAAAGUUUAAUUGGACUAGCUAAACGUCAACAGAAAAUCUGUCGGCGGAAUAUAGAAGUGAUGGAUAGUGUACGAUACGGGGCUCACAUGGCAAUAGAGGAGUGCCAAUUCCAGUUCAGAAACCGACGGUGGAACUGCAGUACUGUAGAUCCUGUGAAAUUAUUUGGAAAUUUUCUUAAAUUAGGUACACGUGAAGUGGCUUUUGUACAUGCUAUAUCAGCUGCGGGCGUGGCCCAUGCAGUGACACGUGCUUGUAGUAAAGGUGAUCUCGAACAUUGUGGGUGUGACAGAACUGUCAGUGGGCGGAGUUCUGAGGGUUUUGAGUGGUCAGGGUGUUCUGACAAUAUAGCUUUUGGAACUGCUUUUUCUCAAAAAUUCGUCGAUGCCAGAGAGCGGCGACGGAAAAGUAAAAAUAUAAAGCGUGUAUUAAUGAAUUUACAUAAUAACGAAGCGGGUAGAAAGGCAGUAGAAGACAGCAUGCAGGUCGUCUGCAAAUGUCAUGGCGUUUCCGGUUCAUGUGAACUUAAAACAUGCUGGCGUUCCAUGUCAACAUUUCGUCAGAUCGGCGCCAUUUUGAAAGAAAGUUUUGAUGGCGCAACAGAAGUGAAACUUGAGCAUAAAAAGAAUCGAGCAGUUUUAGUUCCAGUGAAUGACCAGUUUAAACCGCCUACGCGGUCAGAUAUUGUGUAUUUAGUGGCAUCGCCAGACUUCUGCGAACCUGAUCCAAAAACUGGGUCACUUGGAACAGGCGGAAGGGUAUGCAAUAAGACUUCUAAAGCUAUAGAUGGGUGUGACUUAUUGUGCUGUGGGCGUGGCUAUGAAACAAGAACGAUAACAAUUGUGGAACGGUGUCAGUGUAAAUUUUACUGGUGUUGUUAUGUAAGUUGCGAAAAAUGUACAAGAACUGUAGACGAGCAUGUCUGCAAGUGAAACAUUAGUACUUGAUAAAACGUUAAUUAUGUGUUCCAAAAAAAAGGCCCGUAAAUACAUUCUUAGUAAUUAAUGUUUAAAAAUUUUCCUUAUGGAUCUUGUUCAUCAUGUUUUAAAGGAUUACUUGUAUUAUACAUGCAUUCAAAAAGUGAAAGGAUGAACAGCAGUUUAAUCCGUGAACUGACAAAACCUGCAAACAGACAGACAGACUGACAUAAUAAAACAUUUCAUCAUGGAAAAGUCAACUAUGGAAGCAGUGAAUUACCUUUAGGUCUAAAAAGGUAAAACUUGUUACUUGUUAUGAAAUUUCAUGUAUCUGAAUUAAAAUAUACAUGUAUAUUAAGAUGUAGUUAAAUCAAUAUAACAUGUAUCUGAAAAAGGAAACUUUGUGUGUUUAUGAAUAUAUUAUAAAACGUUAGCAAUAUAUCAUGUGAUUUGGAACGCAACAUGCGCAAAGUUCCCUGUCGUUUGCUUUUGAAAAAAAGGAUUUUUAUUUGCAGAAGGAAUAUUUUAAGUGAAAAGUUACAUUAGGAAAAAUGGUAUUAUUAUAUCAUAUUGGGAAAGACGUUGGAUUGUAAUUUGCAAUUAUGGAAAUUUAAGCACAAUUGGAUGUGAUUUAAUAUUUUGGAUGAAUUUAUGGUGUCGUCAUCUGUAAGGGUGUAUUGUAGAGCUAUAUAGUGACAUUGUAUUUAUCCGUCAUUAAGAGAGCAAACUUUAUUUACAUAAAAUUGUAUGGACGUUAUGAUAAUUGAGAUGGCAUUAUGCUCUACUUUUUUCAAAUUUUGUAAAUGACUAUACUUAAUCAUUAUAACAAAUUUGUUUACUUUGUUACUUCGUUGUAACCUCGUUUGGCAUUAUUUUAGAAUAGUCAUUUGAGAACUAGAUUUUAUGCACAUUUUAAGCAUUUGCCAAAUUUUCUUGCCAAUCGAAUCUGUAUAGAAAUAUUUGCAGUUCUUAACCAAAAAGUCGAAUACAAUUAUCGUGGAACCAAAUUUAAAUGAAAUUAAAAUUGGAAAUAUCAAUUAGAUCUAUGAUUUAAUUUUAAAUUUACAUGAAGCAUUCUAAUCUAAAAUAACAUUUUUAUCUGGCAUCCCAAUUUUCCCAAAGUAUAUCUCUAAGCCAUUUCGUCAUUUUGAAAAAUGAUUUUGACGCGCCAUAUGACGUAACAUAUGACGUCACUUAACGUUAUUCCUCUGAAUGCAGUAAUUAUAUUUUCAUUGAGCAUGCGCCAUAUACGAAGGACCGUUAUGUUGGAAAUGAUAAAAUGUGACUUAAAAUUUCCUUUAUUUCACCGUUUAUGUACAACGGACAAAAAUACCCUUUUACAGCAAUCAUCAUGACAAAAUGGUGGAGCGCGACUCUGACUGGACGAAAAGUAUAUUGAAGAUAAUACCGUCAUUUUUAUAUGAUUAACAAAACAUUAUUUAUAUUGUAUAUGUUCUUUUUUUUAGACAUCAAUAUUUGUAAUAAGCUGUUUACAUUUGAAAACGACGCCAGUAAAGCUUCAGUCACACUACACCGCAUAGCGUUAACGGACGCCAAACGCAAAGAAAAAUGCGGCUGAAAGUUAUCCGGUGAUGAAAAGCAUUUCCCGCUGCUGCUCGGUGCUCUCAUGAUCGCUGUACGGGGCGCAUAAAACGUACAAAACGCACAAUGACCGAACGAUCAACGCACAUAUACCGGAUGAACGACGUACAGUUAACGGACUUCACCGUACUAGUAACGGAUUUGUACCGCACAAAACGUACACGCAGCGCAUGAAGAACUGACAAAACGUUCUUUGAACGUUCGACGAGCGUAUUUCUACCGGUCACGUGACGGACAAAACUGGUAUAAAUAGUCCGAUUUUUUUUUUCGUUUCGUCAUAAUAGUUUCCACGCUCUCAAAGAUCACAAACGUGCUCCAAAAUGCCAAAAGCCAAGGCUACCAAUGCUGGGAAGGGUAACAGGGGACGGAGGAAUACCAAGUUCCCCGUCCUCAGUUGCAGCUUUAAGGUCGGACUCGUUCACAACUGAGCAUCAGAUGCAGCACCGCGGCCUCCGAUAACGGCCAAAAUGAACUUGUAGUCGUAGUCAACGAGGGCCAGCAGGACAAUGGAGUAGUACUUCUUCUAGUUGAAAUAUGUGGACCCGGAACUAGGUGGACAAUUACAGGCAAUAUGCUUGCCAUCCAACGCACCCAAAGUGUGAGGAAAGUUCCAUUUUUUUUCAAGAAGCCAUCUGAAAUGCGUUUCCAGUCAGCAGCUGUUGUUGACAAAGGCAUGACCUCGUCCACAUACUCGUCUAUCAUUGCUCUGCACACCUGAAAAUGUAAAUAAAAAUGCGAUUUUAAAAGUAGAAAUAAUCAUGUAAGCAAAUUAUUGAUAUUUUAAAAGACCAGAAAUUAUAUACAUGUAAUUGUUCGAGUUAUCAUUGAGAAUCAUGGGAAAAUAAAAAUAUUUACUUCUCGCAAGAUGACAGAGAUGGUGUUGUGAGGUAUCCUCCAGGCAAACCGCAUUUUAGAAUACUUUGACCCUGACGCAAGCUGUCUGAGUGUAACGGCUAACUUCAUUCCUGGGUCAAGAGGGGUUCUGUAUGAGGUAUAUUGUUUUGUUAUUCUGGGACCCACUCGUUCCAGAAUCUCAUCAAACAUCUCAGGAGGCAUCCUCGUGAAGUUCGUAAAUGACCGCCGGUCUUCUCUCCGCAGCUUCAUCAUGAGUUGAUCGUAGAGACCAAACAUUCGACGUCUCUCAGGACCCAGCCAAGCCUUUGACCACCACCUCCGCAGUCGCCUCCUUUUUCUUCUAUUUUCAUAAGCGACAAUAUCUACAUUCACAUCCAACAGGUCAAUACUUGCCUGGAUCACGGCCGCUUGAUACUGCAGGUGGGCUCUAACGCGACACUCCAUGAUAUGUGGAUCAUUAACUCAAACUAUCAAAGUUUCAGAAGGUCCUUACACUUGAAAUGCAGGAAAAUAUAUGACAGUUAUAACCAGGGAAAUCUCGUUUUAUUCAUCAUCAGUUUUGUGCGGUGGACCAUCGAUUCAUGUCUGUUAUUUAUCAGUUCUUAUACGUCCCUUGUUCGUUAUCGUCCGUUUAACAUACGUUACAUCCGCUGCAUGUCCGUUAGUAGUCCGGCCGUGAAUCAGGUCCACCGGAUAAGAACGGACUCGAACCGGACAAGUACAGAAUAAGGAACGUACGAGUAACGAACAAAACGCAUACCAGCGCAUGGUUACCGUACAUCUGACGGACAACUUUAUCCGGUGGUGUACGUUCCAAAUUUUGAACAUGUUCAAAACUUUCCACCGAACGGAACGAACACCGCCGGACACCGCCGGACAAGAAACGCAAACGCCGCAUGAUCAACGGAAAAGAAACGCAUGCGAACGGACAUGGACGGAUUGAAAAUUUUGUUAUGCGUUGGACGUCCGUUACUGCUAUACGGUGUAGUGUGACUGAAGCAU